GGAGAUGGCCAAGGCCCGGAACCAACUGGAUGCUGUUCUGCAGUGUCUGCUGGAGAAGAGCCACAUGGACAGAGAGCGUCUAGAUGAGGAAGCUGGGAAGACACCCUCAGACGCCCACAAUAAGGACUGCUCCAUCGCAGCCACUGGAAAACGGCCAUCUGCCCGCUUCCCCCACCAGCGGCGUAAGAAGAGGAGGGAGAUGGAUGAUGGGCUGGCCGAGGGAGGGCCACAGCGAUCCAACACGUAUGUGAUCAAGCUGUUUGACCGGAGUGUGGAUUUGGCCCAGUUCAGUGAGAACACACCUCUCUACCCAAUCUGCCGUGCCUGGAUGCGCAACAGCCCCUCAGCCCGGGAGCGUGAACACUCACCCACUUCGCCCCUACCUCCACUACCUGAAGAUGAGGAGGGGUCAGAGGUUACCAGUAGCGAGAGUCGGGAUGUAUACAAACUACCUCCACCCGUGGCCCCUGGAGAUGCCUGCAGAUCCCGCAUCCCAUCCCCCCUGCAGCCUGAGACCCAGGGCACCCCAGAAGAUGAGCCCUCGGAAUCAGAACUUUCACCCUCCACGCUCAUUUUCCGCAACAUGCAGCGCUGGAAACGCAUUCGCCAGAGGUGGAAGGAAGCAUCUCAGCGGAACCAGCUCCGUUACUCAGAAAGCAUGAAGAUCCUCCGGGAGAUGUAUGAGCGACAGUGAUUUGCC